AUGGAGAUCGAAGAACAAGACAUGUCAUCCAUGGUGAAGGAAUUGGAAGCGAUAGAACGGAACUUUCGCAGAGAAAAGAAUGAGCUUCCCGACGUACUCGGCGAACUGCCUGAAGUCUUGAAAGCUCAGACCGAUAGCCAAUUCUUAACUAUUCUCGAUUAUGAUAGAUCUUCAGAAAGUGUACCUGUGUACAUCAGUCCAGAAACGUUGGUACCUCUUGCACUCCUAAUCCAUGAUCAGCCACUUGCUGUUUUUCGAGUAUCGGCCUCGCAGGAGGAACAGCAAGGACAAGAGUCGAUUGCUUCGAAUCAAAACGAAAAUCCAGAAGACAGAGACGUUGUGCUAAAGGACUCUACUGUAUAUGCAGACGGCAUUGAGAAUUUCCCGUAUCACUUUGCAGUACAUUCCAGCGAUGGGUCACUUGCCGUGUUUCUCGAUCUCUUGGAUGGAUUGGACAAUAAUGAAGACCCCAACUCCAUCAUGCCACUUCGAGUAUCAAAAUACUCCACUAGCCGUGAAUCUGUAUGUGCGGCUGAAUACGCCUACCUACUCGGGUAUCAAAAGGUUGGUGACAGUCUUGCAACUCGAAUGGUGGGCAAGCCACCAUCACUAGCAAAGUCAUUGACCCCGACAAGGGUUAAGUUGUUGGGAGAUAUCAACUCCUUUCCUUACGUUUAUGCGGUACAGACAAGUGAAGGAUCAGUUGACGACUGCGAGGAAUUACUGGAGGUCGUGGACAACGAUGUGGACAAAAUUGAUGCCCGAAUCGAGGUGGAGGUGAUGCUAGAGAUCGAAUCCACGACCGUGUCGUGGUCGGCGGUGGAGUAUGCCUGUCAUCUGGGCUACGUGGACAUCGUGAAGCACUUAUUGUUGAAGUAA